GGUGACAAACCUUUUCCCUCACUCUGCAAAAUCCAAAAGCAAAAUCACAGCAACAAAAAGACCCAAAAAAAGAAAAAGAAAGAAAGAAAAGAAGCUCCAUAACUUUCUAUUAACCAGAUAUCGCAAAAUAAGCAAUGAUAAUUCGUCUCUCUCUGUCUCACCAAUCCCCUUCAAGGUACGUUUCAUUAUUCUCAUUCCUUCCCUUCAAGUUCUUUUGCUCUGAUUCCAAUCCUCCCUUAAGCGACGACGUUGACACCGUCCACCGCAUCAUAGCUAGCUCUACUUCUUCAAAAAACUUGACCCAGUCCUUAAAAUCAACUGGGAUUUUUCUUUCAAAUGAUUUAAUCGAUAAAGUACUAAAAAGGGUCCGGUUUAGCCAUGGAAAUCCAUUUCUAGCUUUUGAGUUCUUUAAAUAUACUGGAAAAAGGAAAGGGUUUUAUCACACUGCUUUUUCUUUGGAUACUAUGCUCUAUAUUUUGGGUAGGAGCCGUAAAUUUGAUCAAAUUUGGGAGGUUUUAAUUGAUAUUAAGAGAAAGGAUCAGUCUUUGAUAACCCCAAGAACAAUGCAAGUUGUUUUAGCUAGAGUUGCUAAGGUUUGUUCGGUUAGAGAGACUGUAGAUAGUUUCAGGAGGUUUAAGAAGCUUGUUUCUGAAUUCGAUACAGCUUGUUUUAAUGCUUUGUUAAGGACAUUGUGUCAAGAGAAAAGUAUGAAGGAUGCUAGGAAUGUUUAUCAUAGUUUAAAGCAUGAUUUUCGGCCAAAUUUGCAGACUUUUAAUAUACUUUUGUCCGGGUGGAAGUCCUCGGAGGAAGCUGAGGGGUUUUUCAAUGAAAUGAGGGGAUUGGGUAUUAAACCGGAUGUUGUUUCAUAUAAUUGUUUAAUUGAUGUGUAUUGUAAGAAUAGAGAUAUAGAUAAAGCAUAUAGGGUGGUUGAAAAGAUGACAGAUGAGGAAAUUUGGCCUGAUGUGAUAACUUAUACGAGUAUUAUUGGGGGAUUGGGGUUGGUUGGUCAGCCUGAUAAAGCUAAAGAUGUUUUGAAGGAAAUGAAGGAGCAUGGAUGUUACCCAGAUGUUGCUGCGUAUAAUGCUGCCAUUAGAAAUUUUUGUAUAGCAAAGAGGCUUGGUGAUGCUUAUAAUUUGAUGGAUGAAAUGGUUGGAAAGGGUUUGAGUCCCAAUGCAACUACUUACAAUCUGUUCUUUAGGGUCUUCUAUUGGUCAAAUGAUUUGAGAAGCUCAUGUAGUUUGUAUCAGAGGAUGAUGGAUUCUGGGUGCCUGCCAAAUACACAAUCUUGUAUGUUUUUAAUUAGGUUGUUUAGGAGGCAUGAAAAGGUUGGGAUGGCGCUGCAGCUGUGGAAUGACAUGGUGGAGAAGGGUUUUGGGUCUUAUGUUUUGGUAUCUGAUGUGUUGUUUGAUCUGCUUUGUGAUAUGGGAAAGCUGGUGGAAGCAGAAAAGUGUUUCUUGGAAAUGAUAGAGAAGGGCCAUAAGCCUAGCAAUGUUUCUUUCAGGAGGAUCAAGGUGCUCAUGGAAUUGGCAAACAAGCAUGAGGCUGUUAAGAACUUGAAAGAGAAGAUGGCCAUUUUUGGGUCUUCAAUCCAGCUUCCUGGAGGUGAGGAGAACCUUGAAGAAACGGUAGAUCUAGACUCACUUAAUGUUAAUCAUGUAAAAACUAACUAGUGUGGCAACUAUGGUGGGAUUAUCAUAUGAAAACUUCUUUUAUGUUCGUAUUCUUGGGUUGGUUCUUCAAUCCAUCACCAAGUGGGGGCUAUUGGUCUGGAACAUUUGACUUGUUUUGGUCUAGUUCAGUGGUUUUCAAUUGGUUUUUAAAAACGAUGUCAAUAACUCUGUCAGACAAAGGAGGGGUUAAAUACUUUUUCCUGCUCCUAUGCAUGAUGCGAUACUCUGUUGGAGGUAGCAGAGUUGGUCUCCUUUCUUAUUGCACAAUGGCGGGAAUAGUAUUUUGUUUCAACAUACUUAUUUGCUUCUCCAUCUGGAAGUUGAUCUCAGUUCCUAUCAUUCCUAUGGAAUUCUCAAGUAGCAUUUGGAACUGAUAGUCUCACUGGAUGUGAGGAAGCUGACAUUUGAAACAUUUCCUCUAUAUAUUUUCACAGAAUCUGGAGCUGCAGGGCUGUCUGAUUUCUCUUCCUUCCCAUAAUAGCCUCAGAUUGCCACUGAAUUUCACAAAUAUGAUUUCUCUAUGCGAUGUUCAUUUAUUGCAGCAAUUUUCAGCAAGCUGGCAAAAGACCUUAAUUACUGAUCUGGGCUCAAGCUGUGGAUGUUUUAGUCAUAUUUUAAUUUAACCCUCCGAGUCUCUAGAUUUGGAAGCCCAAGCAGGGUGUGGCAGCCUGGAAUUACAACUUUUAUUUUGACUUCAUUUGAUUGUUAUAUAACAACGGUGAUAACUCAGCUGGAAUUUUAAUCCUUGGAGGGUAAGCUGUUAUUGGAGAAUUGCAGUGUCACAUCUUCAUUUUCGAUGAUGCUCAUGAUAUUCAUUGUGUGAAUCAGUCUCUGAUAUUGAUGUCUGUAAAACUACUACUGAACCCUGUUUUGGGCUACGGCAGGCUACCUGUUUGUUCUUUUCUGUGGCUUCCCAAUUGCUCCAUUCAUCAUCUUGAAAGGCCCCGUCCGCACUACUUUUAUCAUUCAUCUCCUAAACGUGCCCUAAAGCAUUCUUAAGAUUUAUAAUAAUAUUCUUAUAUUAAGCAAAAAUUAACAAUUAAUAUAAUAGAUUCAAUGCACUGGUCAAAAAACUAUUACCUAAUAUUGUAAUCUUAAAGAAUGUCUUUAAAACACUUCUCAGUUGAUCAGGUCUUAGAUAAAUCACACAAUUGCAAGUGGUUGGUCUCAAACCAGCAUAUUCAAGAAUACGAUGUAAAGAAAAAACUUAUACUGAAUAUUUAACAUUACAGUAAUGAAACGGGCUAACCAUCAAUUUCCACCAAGAAAAGAACGGCUGCAAAACUGGGGGAAUUUUUUUUUUUUUUUGCAGCUA